AAAAAAAAGGAAAAGCUGAAACUGGGCUCCGGAGCCUCCGGUUCAGGGUAGGCCAGCCACAUGCAGAUGCAGUGCUGCAGUCGGGCAACUGAAACGGGGCGGAGACUUCGCCGAGGCCGAGCCGGCGAGCGCUCGGUUUCUUCUCGUCUCGAGAGAGAACCCAGAGAGAGAAAGGGGGAGCGAGCUCUGAGAUGGGGAACAUCUGCGGCGGGAAGGAUCGGGUGGCCGAGGAUUUCAGGCCGUCUAGCCCAGGGACGACAAUGACCUCCAAGACGAGCGGCAGCCUAACCACCAGCCAGAGCACCACAGGGAAGCUCUCCUCCGUGAGCAGCGGCUUCAUGGCGUCCGCCGGCAGCCGCAGCACCAGCGGCGGGUUCGUCGACGAGGGGGCCAAGUACCCCGACGGCCAGAUCCUGGAGGCUCCCAACCUCCGCACCUUCACAUUCAUGGAGCUCAAGACGGCCACCAAGAACUUUAGGCCUGACAGCGUGCUCGGUGAAGGCGGGUUCGGCAGAGUCUACAAAGGUUGGGUGGAUGAGAAGACCAUGGCCCCGACCAGGAACGGCACCGGCAUGGUUGUUGCCGUCAAGAAGCUCAACUCGGAGAGCAUGCAGGGUUAUGAAGAAUGGCAGUCGGAGAUAAAUUUUCUAGGAAGGCUCUCCCAUCCGAACCUAGUGAAGCUCUUGGGCUACUGCUGGGAGGACAAGGAACUUCUUCUCGUCUAUGAAUUCAUGGCCAAAGGGAGCUUGGAAAACCAUCUAUUCAGGAGAGGAUGCGCCCCACUGUCUUGGGAACUGAGGCUGAAGAUAUCCAUUGGUGCAGCUCGAGGGCUUGCAUUCUUGCAUGCAUCAGAAAAGCAAGUAAUCUACCGUGAUUUCAAAGCGUCUAACAUCCUUUUAGAUGCGAACUAUAACGCAAAGCUCUCUGAUUUUGGCCUUGCCAAGCUUGGACCAACUGGUAGCAACUCACAUAUCACAACCAGGGUGAUGGGAACAUAUGGCUAUGCAGCUCCAGAGUACGUAGCAACCGGCCAUUUGUACGUGAAGAGCGACGUGUACGGCUUCGGCGUGGUGAUGCUGGAGAUGCUGUCGGGGCAGCGGGCGCUGGACCCGAACCGUCCGAGCGGGCAGCUGAGCCUGGCCGACUGGGCCAAGCCGUACCUGGCCGACCGCCGGAAGCUGGCGCGGCUCAUGGACCCACGGUUCGAGGGGCAGUACAACUCGAAGCAGGCGUUCCAGGCGGCGCAGCUGACGCUCAACUGCCUGGCCGGCGAGCCCCGGAGCCGGCCGUCGAUGAAGGAGGUGGUGGAGACGCUGGAGCACAUCGAGUCGAUGAAGAGCCGGGCGCGGGACGCACGUGGCGGCGGCAGCGGCUCCACUCGGGACAGGCACCACGGCCGCACCGGCGCGGCGCACCAGCGGUCGCCGCGCGCCGGUGGCGAGCCCCGCGGCCGUGGCGCGUCCAGGGCCUCCAAUGGCCACGCCGGCAGGGCCGCGCGGUGACACUACUCACUCCGGCGGUGACGGAUGAUGACGAUUCUUCUUCUUCAUGUAAAUGGCGUAAUUUUUUUUUUGGCCGAUCUGUGUGCUGCUCAAUGUUCAUGCAUGCCCGCUGCUGCCAUGGCUCAUCGCUCAUGACUCAUGAGGUGAUUCUUGCCCAAUCAUGAUGAGGUGUAUUAUUAAGAUUAAUUAACAAGGAAUUCAAGAGGGGAUGGUGGUUGUUGUAGCCAAUAUAUAUAGUCCAAUAGUAGAAAACUAGAAAUAGGAGAAAGGAAUAAUUCAUUCAAAAUGUAUUUUCGCAAAACAGAAAGGAAAAGGGAUAGGUUUUUGUGUACGUAUGUGAUGUUGUUUUUUCCAUGAACCUUGGAAAAGGACGCGGAGUUUAUACUUGAA